GACUUUGGAAUUGAUAUGGGUUGGUAUAAACUCGAGAAAUUAAUAAAAAUAGGACGUCUGGAAAAGAAAGAGAGCGACCGUAAAUAACUGAUCGUGGUGGCAGGUGGGUUCAUUAUAGUAUUUGAAAAUUUCUGGGUAUCAGCUAAGGUAAACGAUGACGCCUUUUGGCGAAGUAAGUCAAUUUCGUAUUGUGGGUUCCUGUCUGUAACUCAAUCUUGUGGAGUUAUGAAAUUCAACCACCUGUCUCUUUUAUCCUACUCAAAAAUUCAGAAACAGCUGCCGCACUCUGAAUGAAGGCAUAAUUAAAUCAUUUUCUAUAUGUCAACGUCAUUCUAGAUAGAAAUGUUGUUUUUGUUUAUAGUGUUUCUUUUGUAUAACUUGCUUGAGGGAGGGGGGAGCUUCUUUCUGACUGAAGCUGCAGGCAACAAUGGAUUUUCUUUAUUUCAUGUUCAUCAGUUUUAAGUUUCUAUUUUUAUUCUUGGAAUUCUCCUAUGCAGCUGAUACUAUUAACUCAACACAGUCUCUCAGCGAUGCUAGUGGCACCACCUUGAUUUCAAAUGGUGGAACCUUUGAGUUUGGUUUCUUCAGUCCUGGUAAUAACCCCAAUCGUUACUUAGGAAUAUGGUACAAGGAUAUCCCAGUUAAAACUGUUGUUUGGGUUGCCAAUAGACUCAAUCCCGUCAAUGAUUCGUCCGGUUUGUUGAUGAUAAACAGCUCCGGCAAUCCUCUUUUAAUGGACCAGAACACAAGUGUAGUUUGGUCUGUAAAUUUUACAAAACAAGUAUCAAGUUCCGGGGUAGUACUUCAGCUACUGGACACAGGAAAUCUUGUCCUGAGAGAUGAACAAGAUGCGAAUUCGGAGACUAAUUAUCUGUGGCAAAGUUUUGACUAUCCAUCUGAUACUCUGCUUCCAGGAAUGAAGCUUGGAUGGGACUUAAGAACAGGAUUUGAGCGGCGUUUAACAUCUUGGAUCAGCCCUGAUGACCCCUCUCCCGGAGACUUUAUUUGGGAGUUGGUACCACAAGAAAAUCCUGAGUUGAUUAUGUGGAAGGGCUCGACCAAAUUCUUCAGGAGUGGUCCCUGGAAUGGUCUGAGAUUCAGUGGCGCGCCAGAGUUGAGGCCUAAUCCGGUUUUUGUUUUCAGCUUUGUAUCUAAUGACAAUGAGUUGUACUACACAUACAAUGUCACGGAUGAUUCAGUGAUCUCCAGAAUUGUUAUGAACCAAACUGAGUAUCAACGUGAUAGAUUUACUUGGAGUGAGACAACUCAAAGUUGGACUGUUUAUGCAACUGUGCCAAGAGAUAGAUGUGACAAUUAUGGACUUUGUGGUCCCUAUGGGGUUUGUAUUCUUAGUGAUUCCCCUAUUUGCCAGUGUUUAGAAGGGUUCACACCUAGAUCACCAGGAAAUGUGGACUGGUCACAGGGAUGUGUGCGGAAUAAACCAUUGAACUUGUCAGCAAUAGAUGGUUUUAUCAAAUUUGAGGGGCUGAAAUUGCCGGAUGCUAAUCAUUCUUGGGUUAAUGCAAGUAUGAAUCUCAAGGAAUGUGAGUUGAAAUGCUCACAUAACUCUUCUUGUAUGGCAUAUUCAAAUUCAAACGUUGAAGGAGCUGGCAGUGGCUGCACCAUGUGGUUUGGUGAUUUGAUUGAUAUGAGACAGAUGACAGCCGCUGGGCAGCAGGACUUGUACAUUCGAAUGUCUGCUUCAGAACUAGGGUCGGGUGAUGGAAAGAAGAAGACAAUAGCAAUAAUUUUUACUACAAUUGGCGUAAUAGCUGGGGUGCUUGUGCUUAUACUUAGUUACUUCAUUUACAGGAGGAGGCAGAAGAAAACAUCAGAGAAAACAGAAAUCAACAAGGAAACCGAUAACCAAAAUGAAGAUCAGCAUGAAAACCUGGAGCUGCCAUUGUUUGAGUUGGCUACAAUUGUCAAAGUCACCAGAGACUUCUCAUUGAACAACAAGCUUGGAGAAGGUGGAUUUGGACCUGUUUACCAUGGCAAACUAGAGAAUGGACAGGAAAUUGCUGUUAAGAGGCUUUCUGCAAUUUCUGGGCAAGGAUUAAAUGAGUUCAAAAAUGAAGUUAUACUGAUUGCCAAUCUACAACACAGAAAUCUUGUAAAGCUUCUUGGCUGCUGUAUUCAAGGAGAGGAGAAAUUGCUGAUAUAUGAAUUCAUGCCCAACAAGAGUCUGGACAACUUCAUUUUCGAUAAAAAAGGACGUAAGCUAUUAGACUGGUCUAAGCGUUUCAACAUUAUCUGUGGGAUUGCAAGAGGUCUUCUCUAUCUUCAUCAAGACUCCAGAUUAAGGAUCAUACAUAGAGAUCUCAAAGCAAGUAAUGUACUACUUGACCAUGAGAUGAAUCCAAAAAUUUCAGAUUUUGGCUUGGCCAGAACUUUUGGAGGAGACCAGACUGAAGGAAACACAAAAAGAGUGGUUGGAACUUUUGGUUAUAUGGCACCAGAAUAUGCCACUGAUGGGCUAUUCUCGGUAAAAUCUGAUGUCUUUAGCUUUGGCAUUUUAGUGCUGGAAAUAGUAAGUGGUAUAAGAAACAGAGGUUUGUAUCAUCUCGACGAGAGCCUUAACCUUGUAGGAUAUGCAUGGAAAUUGUGGAAAGAAGACAAGCCUUUAGAAAUUAUCGAUUCAAUGUUGGGAGAAUCAUGCCAUUUAUCUGAAGUGAUCAGAUGCAUCCACAUCAGUCUCUUGUGUGUGCAACAGUAUCCUGAGGACAGGCCAAACAUGUCAUCGGUUUUCCUAAUGCUAGGUGGUGAUGGUGUAUUAACUCAGCCAAAACAACCUGGUUUCUUGAUGGACAGGAAGUUACAUGAAAUAGGUUCUACAUCAAGCAAGCCUGAAUCAUCUUCAACCAAUGAAAUCACUAUGUCACUGUUGGAGGCUCGAUAGUUUUCUAACUACACGACUAAUCAACAUUUCUUUUAUCUUUUGUAGUCCUGCAUCAAAUUCCUUUAUACAAGGAUACCAUUUUUUGAUAGAAUUUUGAUUGAGAAGUGAUGAGACAAGUUUUUUCACCUGUACAAUUGAUGCAUAGUUUCCCAUUUAUUUUCUUAGUCAGCCCGGAUAUUAGGACACAUAGUCCAUCAAUUUUACAGUUUAUGAAAAAUACAGAAUGCUGUUCUCCAGUUGUAUUAAUAUGAUGAUAAGUUCCUCAAAGUAACACUCUUUGUUGCUUUGAUGGGAAAAUUUAUUUUCUGGAGAAUAUCAUAUUGUUGUCUAA